UGCUAAGGUAAAUCAAAAUGGCGACUGAAAGCACCUGUUUGACGAGAAAGGCCUUGAAAAAUUUAACUUAUCAACACUGAUGGGAUUAUCAUACCACCCUGGUGUCUUGGCAGAAAAUAGAUAAAGACAACAUGUCAAGAGGGGAGUCUAGAAUCAGUCACCUGAGUCAAAUCUCAGAGUCGACUGUCUUAAACCAGGAUUUUGCUGAACUUUCUGCUCUGGAACAAGAUUUUCUUGAUAAAGGUCAUUCACCUGUGGGGAAAAUUACUCAUUUCCAAAAUGGUUUGGAAUCUGUUAAAGAUUUCAGCACAUCAAAUGAUCACCUUGUCAGACGAGCAAACAGGGGAACUGCUGGAAUAAAUAUGGCUGAAAGACUUAAAGAAAGGUUGUAUUGUCGUCCAGAAAACUCUGAUGUUCUUCAUUACGUUCGCCAUCAGACAGCAAAAACAAUUGUUGCAGGAAGACCAGUGCAACUGGUUCCUCUUCAACGCCCACCAUCAGCCAAGCAGAAUAAACCACAGAUAGAUGCAAUUUGUACCACCAUUUGUAAGCGAGAUUUUUUGAAUCAUCAAAAGCAGCUGAAGGAACCAAAAGAUCAUUCUGGCUUUCAGAAGAUAUUGGGUAAGCAUGCUGAUAAGUCAGCAAGCAAAACUGUUACAAAAGAGCAGACAGUAGAUUCAUAUGUCCAGGAUGUUACUUUGGAAUCUCAUGCUGCAACAGAGAAAAAGACAGAGGUGAUUCAGACUUUGAAAGGAGUUGACUCUAAAGUCAGUGUUGCUAGCCUUUGUGGUGCUAGAAUUGUUGGUUCGGUGAGAGGUCCAAAUUUGUCUGACUCAGAGGAGUCUGAAGAAGAUGAUGGCGAUGAUCCUAAUGAGGACUUUCAAAAGGACAAAAACAAGCAGCAUGAUGGAUUAAUUCCUAUAAUAGCAAAGCGUCACCCAGAUGUAGAUAUUUGUGCAUGCAGAAGCACUUCAGAACAAAAGCAGAGUCUUUACAGAGCCCAGUCAGCACAGCCAUCUAAUCAUCCAUCUGUCAACACAAGUGGAUCAGCAAGACGUGUUCAUUCUGCAAAGCGAGCACAUUCAGGCCGUAUGGACAUGUCUAAAGUACUGUCAUACUUGAAAAAGAACAAAUAUGACGAUACAAUUCCAGAUAACGAUAGUGCAUAUGACAAUCUGUUGGACAUGAGAAAUCGACUUGGGUGGGACACAAACAUUCCACGCCAUGGGCCUGCCUGCAAGAAGGAGAUGUACAAGUUGUCUGACUUUUCAAAGGAUGAGAAGGAGGUACACCUAGUUAAAAAUGACGAUGGACAGUUUCUCUAUUGCCUGCCACGCAACCGGGAUAAUCCAAGAGGUCGAUAUGAACCUUAUGACCUUCAGGUUGUCUCUGCUAACACAGCACGUGCACAAUCUCUCUACUGGACAGUCAGUGCAUCCUACAUUACCUUGUGUGAUGAAAGAAAUGGUAAGGUAGACCAAAGCAGUGCUACUCCAGUAUUAUGGUGGUUAUGGGAGAGGCGCCUCUUUUACAUGGUGUACAACUUCCCAGUCUUUGUCAAGUUCAGGUUAUGGAAAGCAUUCAGUUUAUGGAGAUACUGCAUACGUCAUCAGAAAAACUCAGAAAAUCAGGCCCUGCUGUACAAGACCUUGUUUAUGGCCAAUGAGGUCCUGCAAGGAUGUAUAAUUCAUGUGCAAAGCUUGUGUGAAACUGCCAAAGGAACUAGUAAAGAUAGAGGUGCCAUUUUGUUAGUAGACCUUGAUUCAAGCAAAACACUAAGUCUUCAAGACUUCCAGAGAAAACAGGAGUUACAGUGUGACAUGGCAUUCCGUAUGAUGUCUGCUUUGCGGGAGAAGGUCAUUGAGCUGGUGUGGGAAUCAUGUGCUACUGUAGCAGAAAUGGAGGGUAUUACACAAGGCAUUCGAGGAGACAGUCCCCGUAAGGUGACCAUUCAGCCCUUGGCUGCAUGUAGCACAUCUCACCCUAAAGUGUUGAAGAAUGGGUCUGCAAGGGAUACAGACCAGAAAGAGAAGAAGAAGCUGAAGCCCCUGUAUGCAGAAAUUGCAGAAUGGCGGAAAAUUCUUGCUCGUUUAGCAUGCUUUCUGCGGGCUGUAGAUUACUCAUUGCAAGAGUUACUGAGGCACCUGGUGUUUUCUGCAGUUCAAAAAUUGCUUGACCACUUGAUGACCAGCUACCAGGCGCAUGAAGAGGAUGAUGAAAAUGAAAGAGAACAGGACAAUCGAUAUCAUUCAGACAUUACAUCUUCCAGAGAAAGCAGUCCAAAGAUCAAGUUAGAUCGAAGAUCAGAUUCUGCCUACAGCUAUGCACCAGAUACUCCAACUUUUAAGAGAUAUGACAAAAAAGAAGACACCACACAAAAGGGUUAUGUGAUCCCACAUUAUGACUUUAAUCAGAUUGAAAAAGUUGAAGGGCCUCCAGAUAUUGAUGAUGUGCUGGAAGAAAUCCGUCAACGUGAUAUUGUGGAAGAGAUCAUUUCUCCAGUGUUUUUUAUCAGCCUGGUACUGAAUGUUCCUACUCACUCAAAUGUUAACUCAUCAAAGUCUGCCAGAGACAUUUCACACAAAGAAUCAAAAGUGAAGUGGUCACUGCCCAACACAGCAUCAAAAGCUAAAGGUGUAACAUUUGAUGAAGCAACUGAAACAGAAUCUGAAUCGGAACAAGAGGAAGAGAGUGGCAGUGAUGAGGAAGACAUUCAGUCACUCUCAGAGGAAGAUGCUGAGCAAGCCAGCAACAAGGCAGCUACCAAGGAAAGACAGUAUGCUUAUCCCAGUGGCACAGUCAAGAGCCCUGGGAGACGCAAAGCAAGUCAUCACCAGACCAGGUCCUUUGUAUCUCUUUCUCCUUCACCACCUGAUUUCAGAGCCAGUGUUGGUUAUUUGGUUGGCCUCUUUGAGGACACUGUUUCAAAGUUUGUACCCAUGAUGAGGGAACCACGUCUGGAGGUAUUCUACACUCCACCAAAGCAUGAUCUGCGUCUUCAUUAUGACAAGGAGGAGGAAGAAGAACGUCGUGAGACUCGAAGACCAUGGCCUGACCUUGAACUUAUUCUGCACGAUGACCCUGCCUACCAACUCCUCUUGAGCAGUGUCCAGUCUCACAUGGACAUGGAGAUGGAGACUGUUGAACAGUACUCAAGUAAUUAUCACCAGUUUUGCCUGAUGGUGGACCAGUCAAGACACAUGAAAGUAGAUGAGUCAAUGGCCAGAAGUCCAUGGACAACUGAUGAUUUUAACCAGGUCCUUGCAGCCCACACAGAAAUGGUUCGACGGAUGAAAAAAAUGGUGAUGUCACGCAGAGUUGGUAUGAUUCAAGUGAAGGCAGAAGACUUUUGCGGUUCCUGUUUGCCCUACCCUCAAAAAGUUGUCAAAGAGGUCCAUGAGAAGCUGCCAGUCAUUGCCAAUAAGCGAAAUGAUGAUCUUCUCACAAUUAUCAAAGGAGCAUCAAAGCGUCUAGACAAGUUUCCAGACACCGUUGAAGAAUUUGUGGAGCACCUAUCAUUCCUUGGCAGAAUGUCAACAGAGUUACCUGCUCUUGAUAAAGAAUACAAUAUUGUCCACAAGUUGUUUACUAUUGCCAGAGACUAUAAUGUAGAAGUGCAGCCUGAAGAUUUGGCUCUCUACAAGACAUUGUCUCCUAGUUUCCAACAUCUUAAGUCCACCAUCCUCUACUGUGAAGCAAAGAAGGAUGAUAACAUUCGUAAGUUCUCUUCACAUCUGGACACGCUGAUCUACAACAUUCACAGCAAACUGAUGGAGCUAAAGAGUAGGGUGCAAGAUCCAGAUCUCUUGCAUACAGACACCAUGGCUGUUUCAGCCCUGGAAACAAUCCGCAACCUGCAGGAAGAAGUGCAGAGCCUGUCUGUCCGGGCUCGCAGCUAUGCCAGUUACCAAGAGCGCUUUGGCAGUUCCCUGUCCAAUACAAAGAAGAGUUACUAUGGAGAUUUGCUGAUGAUGGAUAAAAAGUCAGAUGCCAGUGCACAGGACAUCCAGAUGGAGCUGUCAGAAAUUGAGCGGGACUUAACUCUACGAGGCCUUUUGUGGCAGUCCUUGGUGGAGUGGGCUCACCUAGUUGAUGAAUGGACAGCCACUGCUUUUGAUUCUGUUAACGUAGAGUCCUUGCAGAAAAAUGUUAACAAGCUCACCCAAACUGUCUACAUGCUGGAAAAAGGUUUGCCUCACAACGAAGUUGUUCCAAGAUUGAAAGAAAAAGUCAUGGAUUUCAAGCAAGGCAUGCCAGUCAUCACCAGUCUGAGAAAUCCAUAUCUCCGGCAACGUCACUGGGAUGCUAUCCAGCGCACCAUUAACAAAGUCAUCAGUCGGGAGAAGAGCUUUACUCUUGGGAAUCUGCUGGAUAUGAAUAUUUUCAAGCACAAGGAAAAGAUCCAAGACAUCUCAACUACAGCAAGCAAUGAAGCAACACUUGAGCUUAUGCUUCAGAAGAUCAUCGACCUGUGGCAGACAACUGAUUUUAGGCUCGUACCUCAUGUGGGCCGAGACACACUUAUCAUCUAUGGUGCAGAUGAUAUCAUGGCACAGCUUGAGGAAAGCCAGGUCACCAUUGCCACUAUCAGGGGAUCACGCUAUGUGGGUCCUAUCAAGGCACAAGUAGAGGAGUGGGAACGCAAGUUGCAGGUGUUUGCUCGUACUCUGGAUGAGUGGUUGAACUGUCAGAGAAACUGGCUCUACCUGGAACAAAUAUUCAGCACACCUGAUAUUCAGAGACAACUACCCAAUGAGUACAAAAUGUUCUCCUCUGUGGACAAAUCAUGGAAAGACAUCAUGCGGCGAGUCGAAGAUAGACCAAAUGCAUUACGAUCUGCAAUUGCUCCAGGAACUUUAGACACCUUGCAACAAGCCAAUGCCAGCUUAGAGAAAAUACAUAAGUGUCUUGAGGAUUACCUGGAGACAAAGCGUUUUGUCUUCCCAAGAUUCUACUUCCUGAGCAAUGACGAACUGUUGGACAUACUUGCCCAGUCCAAAGAUCCCAAUGCUGUUCAGCCUCACCUGGGCAAGUGUUUUGGCAACAUUAAGCAGCUGGAGAUCCAACAGUUGCUACGACAACCUCCCACAGUCAUUUCUAUCAUGUCUGCUGAGCAAGAGGUCAUUACCAUGCCACGGAAUAUACGUGCUAGAGGCCCAGUAGAACAGUGGCUUGGAACUGUUGAAGCAGGCAUGUUUGAAACUGUCAAAAAACAUUUGAAGCUCGGGCUUGCAGACUGGACUGAUACCAAUCUUGUGAACUGGGUGCUGAAGCAUCCUGGCCAAGUCGUCCUUACUGUGACCCAGAUUCACUUCAACAAAGAUGUCCAGGCAGCCCUAGACCAGACUUCUACCCUCAUAGCAACAAGAGAUAACAUGGUGUCUCAGCUGAAUGAACUGGCAGGACUUGUAUUGUCUCCCUUGAUUGCUUUCCAGCGCCAGAGCAUAGAAGCUCUUCUGACCAUCACGGUGCACAAUCGGGACAUUAUGAACACACUUAUCAAACAACGUGUCAGCAAGCCUUCUGACUUUGAGUGGAAAAAGCAACUGCGCUAUGAAUGGGACGAGACCACCAACAACUGUCAAGUUCUGCAGUCCAAUGCAGCAUUCCAAUAUGGAUAUGAAUACCUGGGCUGUUCCCCUCGACUAGUUAUCACUCCUUUGACUGACAGGUGUUAUCUGACCUUGACAGGGGCUAUGAAUCUUCAUCUUGGAGGCUCACCUGCAGGACCUGCUGGCACAGGAAAGACAGAGACGGUGAAAGAUCUGGCCAAGGCAGUCGGAAAGCAGUGUGUCGUCUUCAACUGCUCAGAAGGCAUAGACUACAAGAUGCUAGGAAAAUUCUUCUCAGGGCUGGCACAAUCUGGAAGCUGGUGCUGCUUUGAUGAAUUCAACCGCAUUGACAUUGAGGUAUUAUCAGUGGUGGCUCAACAAAUUCUCACCAUUAAGACAGCCAAGGAUUCCAACUCACUACGGUUUAUGUUUGAGGGCCGAGAUAUCAAACUCAAUGCUACUUGUGCCUACUUCAUCACAAUGAACCCAACAUAUGCUGGAAGAGUCGAGCUGCCUGACAAUCUGAAGUCCCUGUUUCGAUCUGUGGCCAUGAUGGUUCCAGAUUAUGCCCUGAUUGCAGAGAUUAUGCUUUUUUCAGAAGGUUUUGUGACAGCAAAAUCCCUGUCACAAAAAAUUGUUAACCUUUAUCAGCUUGCCAGCAAGCAGUUGUCACAACAAGACCACUAUGACUUUGGCAUGAGGGCCAUUAAAUCAGUGCUUGUAAUGGCUGGACAUGGCAGAAGACAUGCACAGCUCAGGAAUGGUCAUACAGCCAAACAGCUAACAGAAGAGGAAGAGUCACAUGUCUUGAUUCACUCCCUUCGUGAUGCAAAUCUGCCCAAGUUUUUGGCAGAAGAUGUUCCACUGUUUGAGAGUAUUCUGGCAGAUCUGUUUCCUGGAGUUGUGCCACCUGAACAGGACUAUGGAAGUUUGGAGAAGGCAAUAUCCAUGGCUAUUCGAGACCAAGGCUUGCAGCACUGGUCCUCCCAGAUUGAAAAAGUAAGACAGUUACACAGCCAGAUACUGGUCAGGCAUGGGGUCAUGUUGGUUGGACCAACAGGUGGGGGAAAAACAACUGUUCGCAAUAUUCUCCAGAAAGCUCUCGUUCUGCUGCCAAUGCUGACUCCCCAGGAAGGUGUUAAAUCUGAACCAGAUGCCAGAAGACAUAGUGUCUUUUUUAAUCGUGGGAAGAAAGGACAUGUUGAAACAUUUGUAGUCAAUCCCAAAUGUGUCAAGUUAGGCGAACUAUAUGGUGAGACAGACCCUCACACGUUCGAAUGGUCAGAUGGCCUGAUUGCGGCAGCCACACGUCGUUUUUCCAAGGAAACUGCUAUUCUCACACCAUCCACUGAAGAUCCCAAGGCUGUUCGUCUUGCUUCAUCAGAAACACAUGCAUCUUCUUCUCACCUGGCUCAUAUGAACUCAGACAAAAUUUGGGAAAAUGAGACAGAGCGAAAAGAGCUCACAGAAGGACCUAUCACAGAUUGGCGAUGGAUUGUCUUGGAUGGGCCUGUAGACACACUGUGGGUAGAAAACCUCAACACUGUGUUAGACGACUCCAAGGUGCUUUGCCUUGCGAGUGGAGAGCGAAUUUCACUUUCUUCUGGAAUGCGGCUUCUCUUUGAAGUAGACAACCUGUCACAAGCAAGCCCUGCUACUAUCAGUCGCUGUGCUAUGGUCUACAUGGACCCUGUAGACUUGGGUUGGAGGCCAUUUGUGAAGACAUGGCUGAGUAAACUCCCACGGGACAUGCCAGAGAGUGGGAAAAAUCAUCUACAGACUUUAUUUUCACAUGCAAUAGAUAAAGGCCUGCGAUUCCUUCAGCAGCACUCUCGUUUCCUUUUCAUCCCCACACCUGAAAACAGCAUCAUUACGUGCCUUUGCAGCAUCCUAGGUGCCUACAUUGACUUUCUGAGCAGCCAUGGUGGAUUUGGAAACCCUGACAAAGAGGAUGGCCAGGGUCUGAACCCAGUAACUCCAGAUGAAAGCCACACCCAAGUAAAAGUUCUCAACUCCCCAAUAAAGGUUCCCAACUCCCAUCUGGACGUUCUUCUCAUAAUAAACGGCGGGGUGCCAAGCGUCAGGUUCGCACAAAAGAAGACGAAGAAAAUUGAGACCAAGAAAUACUUCCUCCAGAAACACCCAGGGCAGCUGUGUAAUCUGCUGGGUAAACUGUUUGUUUUCUCUUUUACCUGGAGUGUGGGUGGCAUCCUUCAUCGACAGGAAGAUGGUGACGAAGAUGAAGUGGUUUAUAGACACAAUGCAGAUGGGCACGAGAAGAAUAUUGAUAUCUGCCAUGAAUUUGACAAUUUUGUACGUGAAAUAUUUGAAGUUGAGCCACCCCUUGGUGUGCGACUCCCAGCAGGCAAUAAAAACAUCUUUAGCUACUUUAUAGACAUGGAGACAAGUAACUUUGUACUAUGGGAUGUUCUGGUGCCCUCCACAAAAUCUCUGAUUGAAAAAGGGGCAGUCAUCACAAUUGGUGAAACAAUGGGGCUUGCUAUGCAGCAUCAGAAGGGUCAGGAUCAUGAAGCAAAGAUUGUGCCAACUGUAGACAUUGUCAGGUUUUCCUUCUUAACAGGACUGCUGGUGCUGAAGAAACAUCCAGUUCUCCUGACAGGUGAUUCUGGAGUGGGAAAGACGGCCAUAAUUAACAAUAUGUUGAAAGAGAUGGAGAAAGAGAGUGGUACUACAUUCAAAUCUGGGACAGUCCUUGGGACAGUCUUCAAUUUUUCUGAAAAAAAGUCAGCUUUACUUGAAAACAUCAGCUCAUUGACACAGUUUGGACAGGAGAGUUCUGACCAUGUUGUGGAUCUUCUGCUGGGUUCAGACAAAUCACGAACAACCACAGGGAUCCUAAGUACUACAGUGCAGAUGAGUGCUCAGACCAGCUCACACAGACUUCAGUCUCAGAUUAAGCUGAAGCUUAUCAAGAAAGGUCGUGAUGCAUUGGGUGCUCCCAAAGGCAGAAAGGUGGUUGUCUUUGUGGAUGAUCUCAACAUGCCUGCACCAGAGAAAUUUGGUGCACAGCCUCCUCUUGAACUUUUGCGUCAAUUUCUUGAACUUGGUGGAUUUUAUGACACCAAGAAAUUAGUCUGGAAGGACAUUGUGGAUGUAAAUAUAGUAGCAGCUUGUGGACCUCCUGGAGGGGGGCGAAAUCCAAUUAGCCCUCGUUUGCUGAAGAACUUUUGCCUGCUGGCAUUGCCCCAGCCAUCCACUCGCUCACUGCAGCACAUCUAUCAGGUGCAGCUUGGGCGCUUCUUUCAGGAAGGAGAAUUUAUGCCAGAGGUACUGGAGUGUCUUUUCCCUCUUGUUUCUGCUGCCAUUGCCGUGUACUACCGCAUGGGGUCCACCAUGCUGCCAACACCCACAAAAUCUCACUACACAUUCAACAUCAGAGAUGUCUCCAAGGUCAUACAAGGCCUCAUGCAGGCUAAUGAAGCUGUAAUAGUUGGUAAGGAGAGUUGUGCCCAGAUUUUUGCCCAUGAAGCUACACGAGUAUUUCAUGAUCGUCUGGUUAGUUCUCAGGAUAGAAGGACUUUCUUCGAAAUUCUUUCAGAUAACCUGCAUGAUUAUUUCAAGGUCCGCUGGAGUGCAGAUAAACUGAUGAACGAGGCUGUUCUCUUUGGUGACUUCUUUGAGAUGGAUGAUGCUACUGAGCAAAGAAUUUACAGACCAAUGAUGGACCAAACCAAGCUUACUCGUGUACUGGAAGACAGCUACAUGCGGUACAACUAUGGUGAAAAGUCCAUCCAACUGGUGUUUUUCCGUGAUGCUGUGGAGCACGUGGUGAGAGCAGCACGUGUUUUUAGGCAGCCAGGUGGUCAUCUGCUACUUGUUGGUUUGGAUGGGACUGGGAAGUCAACAGUUGUGCAUCUGGCCAGCUACAUUGCUCAGUGUGAAAUAACGCGGCUGAAGCUGCAUAAACAUUAUGGCACAUCUGAAUUCCGUGAUGAUUUAAAGACACUUUUCAGACAGAGCGGAGUUAAGGGCAUCAACACUGUUUUUCUUCUUGCUGAUUCUGACAUUGUUAAAGAAUCCUUUCUGGAAGAUAUCAACUGCAUUCUAAACUCUGGUGAAGUGCCAGAUCUGUUUGACAAUGAAGAGCUUGAUGGCAUCACAAUGGACCUGAAGGCAUCUGCAACAGAGGCAGAUGUUCCUGACACACGCGAUGCUGUGUAUCAGUUUUUUAUUCAGCGUGUCCGCCAGCAUCUUCAUGUGACACUUACUAUGAGUCCUGCUGGUGACAAAUUCCGCCAGCGAUGUCGCAUGAAUCCUUCACUCAUCAAUUGCUGUACUAUUGACUGGUAUGAUGAGUGGUCCGAGGAAGCAAUGUUGAGUGUUGCUCAGGUACUUUUUGCCAGCACAGAGUUCAUUGCCAACCCGCAGCUUGACAUUGAGGAACUGAAAGAGUGUGUGGCUCAUAUCUGCGUGGCUGUCCAUAAAAGUGUGGCAGAGACCGGUCCUCGUUACUGGCAGGAAAUGAGGCGGCAUUAUUAUGUCACGCCCAGCAGCUACAUGGAACAGAUUAGGCUGUAUGCUCGCAUGCUGCGGGACAACAAGCGAGAAUUCGUCUCUAACAGAAAUAGACUACAAGUGGGACUGUCCACUUUGUCAGAAGCUAACAGAAUGGUGGGGGAGAUGCAGGAGGAACUUGUCUCCCUUGGACCAAUCAUUGUUGCCAAGGCAAAGGACACAGAAGUUCUCCUUGAGAAGCUUGAAAAGGACCAAGAAGCAGUGGAGCAAGUUCGGCAGAUUGUGGAAAAUGAAGAAGCAAUCAUGAAGCGAGAAACUGAGAUUGUCCAAAAUUAUGCUGAUGAAUGUCAGAAUGACUUAGCAUCAGUUCUGCCAGUCUUGCAACAAGCCAUAGCAUCUUUAGAGACUUUGGAUAAGGCCUCCAUUUCUGAAAUCAGGGUAUACAAAACACCACCAUCACUGGUGGAAACUGUGAUGUCUGCAGUAUGUGUGCUAUUUCAACGAAAACCUGACUGGCCAACUGCCACACAGAUGCUACGUGAUCCCAAUUUCCUGAAGAAGCUGUUGCAAUUUGACAAGAACAGUGUGCCAAGCAAGGUGUUUACUAAACUGAAAAAGUUCUCCUCUGUGGAAGACUUCAAGCCUGAUAUUGUAGGAAAGGUGUCUGUGGCAUGUCGCUCUUUGUGUGAAUGGGUUUUGGCUCUGGAGCACUAUAAUGAUGUGUACAAGAUGGUGAAGCCAAAACAGGCCAGGGUGGAAGAUGCAAGGGAAGCCUUAAGACUGGCACAAGAUAGCCUGGCCAAUAAACAGAACAGUCUUAAAAAGAUCCAGAAACAUCUGGGGCUCAUUCAGCAGCAGUAUCAAGACAGUGUCACUCAGCGAGAUGCGUUGAAGAAGCGUAUGGUUGUCACCUCACAGCGUCUUCAGCGAGCCUCAGUGCUUAUUUCAGCUUUGGAGGAUGAAAAGGGUCGCUGGUUGCAGUCAGUGGAUGUGUUAGAUGGAAAGCUUGAGGGACUUGUUGGUAAUACACUAGUUGGAGCUGCAGCAGUGGCAUACUUGGGGCCACUGACUUUAAAAUACAGGCAGGAGCUGGUGGAGAAGUGGGUCACCAUGUGUCGGGAAAACAAUGUGCCCAUCACACAGAAUUUCCACCUCACAAAUGUUAUGGCUGAUGCCAAUCAGAUUAUGAAGUGGUACAACUGUGGUUUACCAAGAGACAAGCACUCCACUGAGAAUGCAAUUUUUGUCAAAAGAGCAAGAAAAUGGCCACUGCUGAUAGAUCCACAGGCUCAGGGUGUAAGCUGGGUGAGACAGAUGGAGGGCCAGAGGCUAAAAACAGUGACUGCUACAGACCCAAACCUCAUGAGAACUCUUGAAACAGCUGUCAAGGUUGGAGACCCUGUGCUCAUAAAGGAAGUUGGGGAAGAACUGGAUCCAGCAUUGCGCCCCAUUGUAAUGCAGGAGACAGUCAGACGUGGAGGACAAGUAGUCAUGAAACUGGGAGACACAGAGAUUGAGUACAAUUCAAACUUCAGAUUGUACAUGGCAACUUCUAUGGCAAACCCUAACUUCCUGCCAGCCAUUUUCAUCCAGACCAACAUCAUCAACUUUACAGUGACCUUUGAUGGUCUGCAAGAGCAGCUGUUAUCAGUAGUUGUGAAGCAGGAAAGACCACAACUGGAAAGUCAGCGAGAGGAGCUGCUGGAGAGCAUAGCUAGUGACAGACAGCUGCUGCGUGACCUGGAGGAUAAAUCACUCAGCUUGCUGCAGAAAACAGAAGGUCAUAUACUGGAUGACCAGGAUCUUGUGGAUACACUGCAGCAGAGCAAAGGAAAAAAUCAAGAAAUUUAUACCCGUGUUCAACAGUCUGAGGAGACAGAGAGGAAAAUUGAUGCAGCACGAAAAAAAUAUCUUCCUGUUGCCCGGCGUGGUGCAGUCCUGUACUUUGUGCUGGCUGAACUUGCCAACAUAGAUGUGAUGUAUCAAUACUCCCUUGACUGGUUCCAACAAAUGUUUGCCUCCUGUAUUGCCAGCCCUGUAACCAACACUUUACAGGGCGAUGUUUCCAUGAUCUCUUCCACUUCUAGCACUUUUGCCACAGGCAUUUUGCAUCCGUCUUCAGCUCAUACCAUACAGUCAGCAGAAGACUUUGAGAAGGACACAUCCCUAGGUACCCACAGUCUUCCUAAUGAUGAUGAGGAACUGCAGAAACAUCUUCACGGCAUGAUAGAACGUCUUACUUUCAGCAUCUAUCGCAUUGUGUCAGUUGGACUUUUUUCCAGCCACCAGCUUACCUUCUCUUUUCUGCUUUGUGCUAGUAUCAUGCGAGCCAAUUCUCAGGGCACAGACAAUGUUAAAUCUAUGUUGACAACUGGCUCACGGAGAUCAAGUCAUGACAAAGACAAGGGAAGCAAACAUGAACAAAGAAAAAGUUCUUCUCCAUGGAAAGACCAGAGAGACAAUGCAAGUGAUGGGCAAGCCUCAGGCACUGAACAAAGCAGACAUUCCACUCCAGUUAGGAGUUCUCCUGGCGACCUGGAGGAAGACUUUGCUGAUGAAGGUGACACUGAAGGUUGCAUUGAGGACAUUGAGUGGAAUAUCUUUCUGCAAGGGAAUGUCAUGGUCACCCUGGCUGAUGAAGAUCUGCUACAGAAACACAAUGGGCUAACCCCUAUCGAACAGCUAGAAGCUGAGGCAAGUUCAGGGGAUCCAAAUUUCCAUAAACAAAAACGACCUCCAGAAUGGAUUGCAGAAUCUAACUGGAAACUGUGUCAACUUCUUAAUGCCACUUUACCCCAGUUUACUAGUCUGUGCCGGUCCCUCAUCACCUGUCAUCAGCAGUGGGAGAGCUUCAGAACGUCAGAGGAUUGUUUCCUUCUUAUGGAAGUCCCAUUUUGUCUGGCAGAGGAAACAGGAGGAAGUCCUGAACAUGGGAAUGUGAUAGCAUUCGACUGGCACUUAUUGUCAAGAUUUCAGAAGCUGCUUUUGAUCCGUGUAUUGCGCAGUGAUGCUCUUGUGGCAUCCAUGGUUAGUUUUGUGCAGGAACAACUGGGUGAAAAGUAUCUUUCCACUGGUACAUUUGACCUCAAAGAAAUCUAUGAGGGGUCCACAUCAAAGUCUCCACUAAUUUUCAUCUUGUCACCAGGAUGUGACCCUGCAUCACAAUUGUUGAGGUUUGCUAAGGAGCUGCGAGGAAGUUCACUUCACCUUGACAUGAUUUCACUGGGGCGUGGCCAGGGUCCACGUGCAGAAGAGCUUAUUAAUAAGGCCCAGGUGCUCAAAGGUCGUUGGGUCUUUCUUCAAAACUGCCAUCUUGCAGCAUCAUGGAUGCCUCGUCUCCAAAACAUAGUGGAAAAUUUCAAUCGCGCAACAACAGAUGAAGUUGACCCUCAGUUUCGAUUGUGGCUUAGUUCUCGGCCAGACUCAUCAUUUCCUGUGUCAAUUCUACAGACAGGCAUUAAGAUGACUGUAGAAUCUCCAAAAGGACUUAAAGCCAACAUGCUCAAGAUAUUUGGUAGCUCUGGGACAGGGAUUAUAACAGAGCACAUGUAUGAAGAAUGGGUUAAGAAACCUAACUGGCACACACUGCUAUAUGGCCUCUGCCUUUUCAAUGCUGUUAUCCAUGAACGCAAGAAGUUUGGACGUCUUGGAUGGAACAUUCCAUAUGAGUUUAAUGAUUCUGAUCUAGAGGUUGCCAUACUGAAGCUGCAAAUGCUGUUGGAGAGCCAGGAAGAUGUACCAUGGCAAGCCUUGCUGUAUCUCACUGGAGAAGUCUGCUAUGGGGGCCGUGUAACAGAUGAUUGGGACCGCCGAUGUCUUCUUAACCUUUUAAAUAAGUUUUACUGUCCAGAAUCACUUCUUCCAGGCUACUCUUACUCCUCCGGUCAAAUGUAUCAGCCAGUCCCAGACUCACUGCCAUUUAGCAUGGUGCUGUCAUUUGUGGAAGAACUACCAGUAGUCGAUGCCCCUGACAUUUUUGGCAUGACAGAAAUUUCUGAGAAGGCAUGCCGUGAGCUGCAAGCCUUUGAAAUCAUUCACACACUGGUGGAUGUUCAGCCUCGAGUAUCACAUGGCUCAUCUGGGUCUCAGAAGACUGAUGAUGAGGUUGUUCUGGAGCUGGCUUCUGGCAUAUUGGAACAAGUGCCACAGACUGUAGAGGCCAUUCAAGUGGAGACUGUGGCAAGUGGUACAUCUCAGCAGAAACAAAUGCAUCUUAGUGUGAAGGGGCUAGUCAAUCGUGACAUUAACACCAAGGGGCUUGAUAAGGACAAAGUUAAUGCACUGUACACAGCAGCACAGAAUAUUCUAGAUGGCUCAGCCUUGAUCACAGUACUGCGCCAGGAGAUGGACCGCUUCAAUAAUUUACUGCAUGUCAUUCAUACUACACUGCGCUUACUCUGCCUGGCCAUCAAGGGAGAGAUCAUCAUGUCGGACCAACUGGAAGAGACUUAUAAGUCGAUUCUUAAGCAAGAAGUACCACCACAGUGGAGUGCCGUAUCCUAUGAGUCUAACAAGCCACUUGGAACAUGGGUGAAGGAUCUAGAAUGUCGUGUCGAUUUCUUUUCCACAUGGGCUGAGAUUUUAUGUAAGACUAUAGAGCAACAGUUUCGGCAAGCAACUCAGCAGACUGGCCAGCAAGACAUUGAUAUGAGUGACCCCAUUCGUAUCCAACCCAACAGCUUCUGGCUGUCUGCAUUCUUUUUUCCUCAAGGAUUUUUGACAGCAGUUCUGCAGAACCAUGCUCGAAAAGUGGGGAUCUCUAUUGACUCUCUGGAAUUCAACUUUCAUGUGAAGAAGCCUCAUCUUGAAAUUCAAGAACUUAAACGCAAAAACAUUUAUUUGGUAAUCCAUGAUGCAGCCUUUGGUCGAAGUAGUCCUCCAGAAGAUGGAGUUUUGGUGUUUGGGUUAUAUCUUGAUGGAGCCAAUUGGAACCCAGAGCUGCAUUGUCUACAAGACCAACAGACAGAUCAUCGCUUCUGUGCCAUGCCAGAGAUCCACUUUGAGCCAGUGGCAGUGCGUGUCACACCGGAUACCAGUGCAGUGAGGGAUGAUACUGAAGCGUCAACCACUGAGAUAUCAUCUGUGUUUACAUAUGAGUGCCCUCUGUACCGCACCCCAGCUAGAGCAGGUACACUGUCUUCUACAGGACUGUCCACAAAUUUUGUAACAGCUGUCAACAUACCUUCAGCACAGCCACCUGACUUUUGGAUACUCAGAGGAGUUGCUAUGAUGUGUCAGAUAGAUGAAUGAAACUGUGGUAUUCUAUAUAAAAAUUACAGGAGGUCAACAAAAAUUAAAAAUCAUUUCCAGCUAUAGACAAGAUUUAGGAAAAAAAUUAGUGUAAAUAAUGUUUUUUUAUUUAUCUGUGAACUGCAUUAUGCAUGCACACAUAUCUGAUUGCAAACAUGUAUGAUACUGUUCUGUUAUGUUCAUGCUGUCAUAGGAUGAAAUGUGUGCAAACACAAUGUACAUGAGCUAGAAAGGGAGAGUCAUUAUUCAGCCAGUGAGUAAAUAUAUAUCUCACAGAUCGAGGUCAAAAGAAUGAUCUUUACAAGCUGUACUACUUAACUGAAAAAUGGGACUCAUCUUUAAUCUUGCCUUUGGAUGAAGUAUUUCUGUGAUACUUUGUUUCCCAAAAUGGAAAUAGCAUGCCAUUAGCUCUGGAGAAUAAGAUAUGAAUUUUGGUUCCUUAAUAUUUUUUAGGAUAAAGUGAAUCUUAUUAAAUGUUAUUAAUGACUUGAAGUAAAACUGUGGUUCUUCCCAGUUUCCUACAUAGUGCCAGUAAACUGUUUUGUUUUUAAUUUUUUUUUUACCCUGUUGGGUGAAGGGCAUAAAAAGACUGCUAUGACGGCUCACUAUAUUUAGCUUGUUGUGCAAAAAAUAUAUCAUUGCCCAAUAGCACAAGUAUUCCUUUCUUCAGAGAAUGUCAGUAAUUUUUAGUUUGAGUGUUAAAGAGUCAAGGAUAGAAAAGGUUGUACCACAGAAUUCUGAACCAGGUAUGUUUGUGUCAUGGAAGGUUUUGUAUGUGUGUGUUUGUAUUAGAACAUGCAGUGCAAGGCUUACCCAUAUUUCAUCUUUAUUUGUUUAAUCUGUUUCAAUUAUUUUCAUAGCACUUCAUUUCAAAUGUUUUGGUGAUCCAGUCUUUAGGUCAGAUGAUGAGCCUAUCAACUUUUUACCAAAAUCAGUCAUUAUAUUUAAAUUAUCACUUGCAUGGUGUAUAUGAAAUGCUAAAACAGGCUUUAAAUAAUCUAACACAUAUAAUCAUAACUAACACAUAAUUUAGGUUCUCAAAACCAAGAAUUGUGAGAAAAAGAUCUAUGCUAUAUUGGUCUUGGUCAGCUGUGAUAGUAAUCUUACUUUUUCUUGAUUUCCUUGACUGUUUAUGUCCUUAAAUCUUUAUCCAUCAUUACCUGCAUACUGCUGAUAUACAAUCCUCAAACUGUGAUAUGCUAUACAAAUUGUUGUGAACUAUUUUUGUUGUGGAUGUGUACAUCCACAAACGCACACAAAUCAUUUCUACCUGCAUUACUUGAAAAGAUAAAAUGCACUAAAUUUAUCUGUGUGUGUGCAUGCACAUGCAAGCAAUUUUUAACAGAGAGCCAAUUAUAUAUUUUGCAUCUGUUUAUAGUUGUAAUUAUCUCAAUUUCUACUAUUUGUUAUUAGAAGUUGAUAAACAUGUGUGAAUAAA